AUGGCCGACCUUGUGGAGAAGUUUAAUAGUGAAGUUCUGACCCCUGGGGCCAAGCAGAACAAAUUUAAUCCUUCCUCCAUGAAACAGUUCUGCAACCAGCAGGACAUGAACAUUGGUUUUGGAAUCAAAGAUCCGAGAUUUGAAUCCCGCCAUCUAGGCUACUGUGUGCCGCAAACGAUACGACUAGAUGAAGACAAGAUGAAAAGGUUCUGGACAAGGAUAUCAAGCCAGGAGGAGGAGCCCAGUCCAGCCCAGGUGGAAAAACUACUUCUCCAAGCGCCCGGGGCCUGUUCAGUCUCCCUGCCAAUACUUUGGGGCCAUUAUGCAAAUGAUUCACAAAUGACCACAGCCAGGAAUUAUCGUGAUUACAGGAAUCUGGGGACUCUCUAUGCUGGGAUGUUGCCUUCAAUGGCCACCUGCCAAGAACAGGUGAGCGCAGCAAUCAGAAUAACAGAAGUGGACUGGCAACAAGAGAAAAACACUCACGCUCACCACACAGAGGAGUACCCAGGCUCAGAGAUGGUGGUGAGGAGGGGCCAGAAGUUCACCCUCAGCCUCAGGUUCAGCAGGGCCCUGGAGAGUGAGGAGACUCUGAUAUUCACCGUGGAAACAGGACCGCAGGCCUCUGAAGCCCUCCAGACUAAAUGUAUAUUUGAAGCAUCAGAGUCCAAGAACAAGGGUACCUGGAGAGCCAUGCAGGAGACCAGGGAAGAGAACUCCAUGACCGUCACCAUCUCCAGUCCACCAGAUGCCGUCAUCGGCCAUUACAAAUUGAGCGGGAGGGUCUCCUCCCGGGCCAAACACAACAACAAGAAGUUGGGCCACUUUGUUCUCCUCUUCAACCCCUGGUGCUCAGAGGACGAUGUCUACCUGGCCGAUGAGGAAGAACGGCAGGAGUAUGUGCUGAAUGACAACGGAAUCAUCUUCCGAGGAGUGGAGAAACACAUCCGAGCCCAGGGCUGGAACUACGGGCAGUUUGAAGAGGACAUUCUGAACAUCUGCCUCUCUAUACUGGACCGGAGCCCCAACCACCAGGAAGACCCAGUCACUGACGUGUCCCAACGAAAUGACCCUGUUUAUGUCACCAGAGUGAUCAGUGCCAUGGUGAACAGCAAUGAUGACAAAGGUGUGGUACAGGGCCAGUGGCGGGGCAAGUACAUCGGAGGAACCAGCCCCCUGCACUGGAGGGGCAGUGUCGCCAUCCUCAACAAAUGGUACAAGGGCAGGUUUAAGCCUGUCAAGUAUGGCCAGUGCUGGGUCUUCGCUGGAGUCAUGUGCACAGUCCUAAGGUGUUUAGGAAUUGCCACCCGGGUGGUCUCCAAUUUCAACUCAGCCCACGACACAGACAAGAGCUUGAGUGUGGACAAAUAUGUGGACUCAUUUGGGAGGACCUUGGAAGACAUAACUGAAGAUAGUAUGUGGAAUUUCCAUGUCUGGAAUGAAAGCUGGUUUGCCCGGAGAGACCUUGGCUCCUCCUACAAUGGUUGGCAGGUACUGGAUGCCACACCACAGGAGGAGAGUGAAGGUGUGUUUCAGUGUGGGCCUGCCUCUGUCACUGCCAUCCGGGAGGGCGAUGUGCACCUGGCCCACGAUGGACCCUUUGUCUUUGCUGAAGUCAAUGCUGACUACAUCACGUGGCUCUGGAAUGAAGAUGACAGCCGAGAGCGGGUCUACUCAGACACCAAGAAGAUCGGCAAAUGCAUCAGCACCAAGGCUGUGGGCAGCAACACCCGUGUGGAUAUCACCAGCCACUACAAGUAUCCUGAAGGCUCCCGGAAGGAAAGGCAGGUGUACAGGAAAGCGGUGAGGAAGCUCUUUGGGGUGGAAGCCUCGGGCAGAAGAGACAGGAUCCGGAGGGCCAGUGGCCGAGGCUGGGCCUCCUGGAGGGAUGACGUCCUGGAGCCGGCCAAGAAGCCCAACAUCACGGGGAAGUUCAAACUGCUGGAGCCGCCCGUCAUGGGCCAGGACAUCAAACUGGCCAUCUGCCUCACCAACCUCACCUCCCGCCUCCAGAGGGUCAAGGUGAACCUGAGUGCGGCCACCAUCCUCUACACCCGGAGACCCGUGGCUGAGAUCCUGCACGAAUCCCAUUCAAUUAAACUAGAGCCCGAGGAAGAGAAGAGGAUCCCGGUGGAGAUCUCUUACUCAGAGUACAAAGAUGACUUGACAGAUGACAAGAAGAUCCUGGUGGCUGCCAUGUGCCUGGUCUCUAAAGGAGAAAAGCUCUUGAUAGAGAAGGACAUCACCCUGGAAGACUUCAUUGCCAUUAAGAUGCUGAGUCCUGCAGUGGUAGGUGAAGUUCUUGCUGUGGAGGUCACGAUUGCCAACCCUUUGUCUGAGAGGGUGGAGGACUGCACGAUGAUCAUGGAGGGCAGUGGGCUCCUCAGGGAGCAGCUCAACAUCGAUGUGCCUGCCCUGGAGCCCCAAGAGAGGGCUAGAGUCCAGUUUGAGAUCACACCAUACAAAAGUGGAAACAGGCAGCUGCAAGUGGAUCUCAUCAGCACCCACUUCCCAAACAUCAAAGGCUUCCUGGUCAUCCAUGUGGCCACGACAAAGUGACUGGGCUGGUGAGGAUUGGGGCAGUAGUGAUGGGAGGCACAUAUCAUAGGCCAUAACCUUCCGCUUCCAAGAGCUCACUUCUCUUGGAGGACCUGAGUUCUAAACCAAGGCAGGACUCUAACUUAUCUUAUGGCCUCCUUAAAGAAAGGUGACUGACUCGAGGUAUAGAAUGAGACCGUAUGUUCAGACGCGUCAAUUCAGGAAUUUGUUUUACUUAACUAUGUAUAUUUGUUACAAGAGUUUUGUUUUGUUUUGUUUUGUUUUGUUUUGUUUUGUUUUCCAAGGGGGAGCUGUA